AUGCUUCAAUUCGCAGCUCACCUGUGCUGGGACAAACGAUUCUUCUCGACUCUUGACCAUCCGCAAAUUUUCGAUUUGAUGUGCGCGGCGAAAACGUUAGGAGUGAUAAGACUGUUUCGUUACGCGAGCAAACGAGUCGCUCUGAUGGCGAAAGACAAGACGCCGACCGAAUUGCGACUGUUUUCGGGAAUACGGACGGACGAGGAGGACGCGGAAGCGGCGAGAGCAGCACGGAAAGAGGCGGAAGCCCGGGCGGUGGCCGGAGAGCCUGGACCGUCGAAUUGGCCGUAA